AUGUGCCAAGCUACGAAAGUUAUGGACUAUUUGGAAUCAGCAGGUGUGAUACCACGUUCGGUUUGUUCUCGAAUUCUCCAUCAAUAUCCGGUUCCCGAAGAUCGUAAACGUGAACUAAUUAAUUUCUUAUUAACUCGAGGUAAACAUGCAUUCAAACCUUUGGUAGAGGCCUUGUAUUUGGCCGGUAAUCAACAUUUAGUACAAUUAUUGGAUGAGAAGUUUCUUCUAAGUAAUAUCCGUCAACAGCUCGAUGCUGAAUAUCAUUUUCCAACACUUGUUGGAGGACAACCUACAGGACCAACCAGUAUCGAAGAUGAACAACUACGGCGUAUGGACACAAAUAUUGAAUCAAUUGAUAAUAAAAUUUCAGUGGAUGACUUAAAUAACAUUGAAGUAACGAAAUUCGAAGAUGAAGUGCCAAUGGGCUUUGAAGCACAAUUGCUGACAGCUGAUCUCAUCGAACAAUAUCCGCAUUUAGAUCCAACCAGACGAUCCGAUAAGUGUUAUCGAAUGUUAAGUAAGCCCCGCGGUUAUUGUUUGUUGAUCAACAACGUCGAUGCGUUCAAAACAAUGGAAGUUCGUCAAGGAUCUGAUGUUGAUGCGAGUAAAUUAAAAAGUUUAUUUGAACAACUCGGUUUUAUUGUACUACCUCGACGAAAUCUCACUUACACAGAAAUGAUUAGUGUUAUAGAGAACUUUGCGAAUCAUGGUGGAAAUGGAACUAUUUAUACUGUUGAUGAACUUGCAGUGAAUAUUGAUGAACAUAUUAUAUCUGCAUUCGAUGAUCAUUUGAUUGGAAAACCAAAGUUAUUUAUCAUACAAGCUUGUCGAGGAUCACAGUGUAAUAAUCGUUCGGUACCAAGCGGAUCUAAUAGUAGCAAUUUCUGGUCAUCGGAUAGUAUUUCGAACGAAACGUCUCGAACUAUUGUUGAUAGUGGUAGUCAUCGCUCAACCAUGGUACCCAUACGAAGCGAUAUGGCAAUCUGGUAUUCAACUGUCAAAGAUUAUGUUUCAUGGCGUUCACCAGACGAUGGUAGCAUAUUUAUUCAAUCUUUGAUUACCGUUUUUGCUCGAACAGCUUGGUACUAUGAUUUAUCAAGAAUGGUUACUUGUGUUAAUCGAACUAUGGAUGAAAAAUUUGCAGCACAUGAAUCGACACCAUUUCAAACACCUUGCUUCGAGUGCCAUCUUCGUCAUGAUUUGUAUUUCAAUCCAGGUUGUUGUAGUGAAAGUAGAUAA